CCAUUAAAGGCGAUAAUGAAUGUCGCCGUAUGCCUUCAACCCAUUAACGGCGACAAUUAAUGUCGCCAUUGAAUAUCAAACCAUUAAUGGCGAAUAAAUACGUCGCCGUUAUAUAUAAGACCUGUAGCGGUAGUAUGAUAAGUCGCCAUAAAUAUAAUGGCCAAUCAGCGGCGACUUUUGUCCUUGCCGUAAAGAAAUUAUAUUAGUUUAUAUAAUUCUAAUUUUUGCUAUUAAAUACUAUAUAAAAUUCAUCUUUACGGCGAAAUAUAUCGCCGCUAAAAUCCCUAAAUCGCGCGUAAUAAAAUUUUUAUCUCCCUCCACAUUUUGCCCUAAGGCAGAGAUCGUGUUUCGUUUCAAACACGAUUGACAACCCUAGUCUGUCGCCUUCAUAUCAUGUCCGGCAACCUUCUUUGUGAUUUCGGCAAAGACUGCUGGUUGUCGCGGCUUUGAACGGUAAUCGGAGGACACUAAGGCGGAGAUUACAUCGGUGACUCGGAAUUCUUGAGGUGGAUGCAAAAUAAAGUUGGUGAGGAGGUUGGUAGUACAUGCAGAGGAAGAAAAUAUCUAGGAAGAUUAUGAGGUACUUUCCUUUAACGCCUAGGCUACAAAGGCUAUAUAUGUCAGAAAAAUUAGCCAUUGCCAUGCGAUGGCAUGAGAAAGAGCGUGUUGAUGAUGGUUUUUUGAGGCACCCAGCUGAUUCUAAAACAUGGAAAUCAUUUUAUGAGAAAUACUCUACAUUUUCCAGCGAUCCUUGCAAUGUUAGGCUUGGAUUAGCAACCGAUGGAUUCAACCCCUUUGGAAACAUGAGUUUGUCAUAUAGUAUAUGGCCUGUUGUUCUUGUUCCAUACAAUUUACCACCAUGGAUGUGUAUGAAACAAUCUUUCUUCAUGAUUUCUCUUAUUAUACCAGGUUCUAAAAGUCCAAAUAAUGAUAUUGAUGUAUAUUUGCGUCCAUUGGUAGAUGAACUGAAAGACUUAUGGAAUUAUGGUGCUAUGACUUAUGAUGCAUCACUGAAAUCCAAUUUUAGGAUGCAUGCAGCAUUAAUGUGGACUAUUAAUGAUUUCCCUGCAUAUGGAUCAAUAUCUGGGUGGAGUACAAAAGGAAGAUUAGCAUGUCCGUCGUGUAAUUUUGACACAAGUUACUUGUGGUUAAAGCAUGGACGCAAGCAUUGUUACAUGGAUCAUCGUCGGUUUCUACCAAUUGAUCACCGAUGGAGGAAAAGCAAGGCAUUCUUUGGUAAGCAAGAACAUAGACUUCCUCCUCAACCUCAAUCUGGUGAUUGUGUUCUUGACCAAUAUUCAAAGUUUGAUCAAGUCAUUUUUGGUAAAUCAAUUGGGAAAAGAAAACGUGUUGAUGAUUUGUUUGGAAAUUGGCGGAAGAAAAGCAUCUUGUUUGAACUUCCUUAUUGGAGAACCCAGUUAAUAAGACAUAAUUUGGAUGUAAUGCAUAUCGAGAAAAAUAUUUGUGAUAAUAUCUUUGGGACAUUAAUGGGCCUUGAUGGAAAGUCAAAAGAUACACUUAAAUCUCGUCUUGACCUUCAAGAACUACGAAUAAUGAAAGAACUACAUCCAAGAUGAUCCGGUGAUAAAUAUAUUCUACCAGUUGCCAGAUACACUUUGUCUAUGGAAGAGAAAAGAACUUUGUGUAAGUUCUUGAAAGAUGUUAAAUUUCCAGAUGGAUAUGCAUCAAAUAUCUCUCGAUGUGUCAAUGUGAAGGAAGGUAAAUGCAUUGGACUGAAGAGUCAUGAUUGCCAUGUACUUUUUCAGCGAUUACUUCCACUAGCUUUGAGAGGCCUCCUACCCAAGGAUGUUUGCAGUCCCAUAAUUGAGUUGAGCCAAUUUUUCGGAGAGUUAUGCUCAAAGGUAAUUAAAGAAGAAUGUUUGGAUGGACUUCAUGCGCAGGUUGUUGAAACCCUAUGCAAGUUUAAAAGAUUGUUUCCACCUGCAUUCUUUGAUAUAAUGGUACACCUACUAGUUCAUCUUGCUAAUGAGGCAAAACUUGCAGGACCGGUGCAAUAUAGAUGGAUGUAUCCAAUUGAGAGGUACCUCUGUACACUAAAGGGAUAUGUUCGUAACAAAGCUCGUCCAGAAGGGUCGAUAGCUGAAGGUUACUUAGCAGAGGAGUGCAUGACCUUUUGUUCUAGGUACCUACAUGAUAUUGGUACAAGACUUGAUAGGUGUGACAGGAACUUUGAUGGUGAACAUGGUUUGUCUUCCGAAAAGUUAUCAGUUUUCUCACACCAUGGGAAGCCUAUUGGUUUGGGUAAAUAUGAGGAAAUAUCUACAUUAGAGCGAGAUCAAGCGCAUUUAUAUGUGUUGCAAAUUGCUCGGAGGUACACCCUUGGAUUAUUUUUAUUUUAUCAUAAGUCUGAAUUGGAGAAAGAAAGUCCCAGUAAUGUCGAACAAAGACAUAAUAAAGAAUUCAUCGAAUGGUUCACAACACAAGUUUCAAAAUUAUACGAAGAAGGAAAUGGAAGGGUCAACCAUGAAUUGUAUUCUUUAUCUCAAUGCCCUGAUAGGAGGGUAUACUUUUAUGGGACAUAUUGUUGUAAUGGUUUUAGAUUUCGCACAAGAGAUAGUGAGAAAUUCUUAAAGACCCAAAAUAGUGGAGUAGUAGUAAAAUGUGACGAUCUUACAGGCAAUGUGGAUUACCAUGGUGUAAUCACUCAUAUCAUUGAGUUGGAUUAUAUGGGAGGCAAUUCAGUUUUUUUAUUCAAAUGUGAUUGGUUUGAGGUUCCUAGCUAUGGAAAGUAUCAAUCGAGGGGAUACAAGAAGGAUGAAUUUGGUUUUGUGAGCCUUAAUUUCAGACGCUUACAUUACUCAAAUGAACCUUUUGUGUUGGCAUCUCAAGUGGAUCAAGUUUACUACGUGGAAGACAAUACAAACAAAAAUUGGCGUGUUGUGUUAAGAGCAAAACCAAUUAAAUGA